CGAAAAAACUCAUCACCAAUUGCGAUCACAUUCACCAAAUAUCUUUCAAGCAAGAUGUCCUUUGAACCUCAACCUUCGUCUUCUCGGUUAACUUCAAAUGCUACAUCACCAUCAGAGCAUCAACCCGAACCAGAAACCAUAUCAGAUGAAACUAUUCCGCCAAUUCAAUUUGAACCAUCAAUUGAAUCUGAAUCACAACUCCAAACUACAAUUCCAGCACCAGCACCACCUGUAAAAAAGACAAGAAGAUCACAUGUUGCUAUUGCCAAUGCAAGAGCUGAUAAAAAAAUUGGAACGACAAUCUUACCUGUUACACGGGUUACAAGAGCAGCAAAACAAGAUAAGGACAUCAAAAUCGUUAGCAAAGAAGCUGUCUUUUUGAUUUCUAUCGCUACUGAAUUCUUUGUGAGAAAAUUAACCGAUUCAGCAUUCUUGAACGCCAAACUUGAAAAACGCGUCUUUGUGAAAUAUAAUGACGUCGCCAAAGCAGUACAGGCCAAUGACGAAUAUAUCUGGUUGGACGACGUGAUCCCGCUUUCUAAACCUCUCCUUGCAGUCCUCAAUGAUCCCACCAUACCAUCAUCCUCUACCGCACUUACCAACCAAUUGCCUCAAGUUAUAACUUCCCAACCAUCUGGUACUAAGAAUGGGUCAACCUCCUGUCCGCCUCCUGGUGAUAACGGAAUCGAUCCUAAAGCACUAGAGGCAGAUGCGAUGGAAAUGGACGAUGUUGACGAACUGGAAGAGCUGUAAUAUUUCUUGAAGACAAAAAGGAAGACUGCAGCUCGUUGGCUGCGGCAGAUAUGGCUCCAAGCCAAAUGAUUAUCAUAAUUACGGCGUCCGGAAACACUCUCCUGACUGCCUGAGUGUCACUUUGUUUCGCUUGACGAUAGCCGGAGGAAGUCCAAAGAGACGACGUGAAUAUGUACUUUUUCAACCACGGAUCUCAGCUACCUCAGUUCUCAAAUGAUUUUCUCAGCAUAGUUCUAGAGGUUUCGAUGUAAUUCUUUUAAGAAACCCGACAAACCAUCCUAACGAAGACGAUAAAUUCUACUUGUGCAUAAGCCUAUAAUUGCUC